UUUGUCACGCAGCUUCUUCCUCGAUUUCUUUACUACGUGAGGCUGAUUUGGAGGAAAGUGAACGUCGCCCAGAAAGGACAAAAUAGCAGAAGGGAGCAGAGACAACGACAACCCCUCAAAAGCUGCCUCAGGAGCAGUGAAGUGUCUUCAUGGCAGUUCGUCGAGGACACAUUAAGUACUUAAAAGCCGAACUACAGGAGGUGUACGACAUGUCGAACGGUUAUGAAGACCUCAUGGGAGGGGACGAGGGCAAGGACUCGAAGACCAACCUGAUAGUGAACUACCUGCCUCAGAGCAUGACGCAGGACGAGCUGCGGAGCCUCUUCAGCAGCAUCGGAGAGGUGGAGUCCGCCAAGCUGAUUCGAGACAAAGUCGCAGGCCACAGUUUAGGGUACGGAUUUGUUAACUAUCUUACCCCUAGUGAUGCAGACAGAGCUAUCAGUACACUGAAUGGACUAAGGCUACAGUCCAAAACUAUCAAGGUUUCAUACGCUCGGCCCAGCUCUGAUACAAUAAAGGAUGCCAACCUGUAUAUCAGCGGCCUGCCAAAGGCCAUGACCCAGAAGGAUGUGGAGGACAUGUUUUCACAUUAUGGACAAAUCAUUAACUCCCGCGUACUUGUUGACCAGGCCACCGGUACAACAGGUGCGUCCCGCGGCGUGGCCUUCAUCAGGUUUGACAAGCGGGCCGAGGCAGAGGAGGCUGUCAAAAACCUGAAUGGCCAAAAACCUCCCGGUGCCGCUGAGCCAAUCACAGUGAAAUUCGCCGCCAACCCGAACCAGGCGAAGAACACACAGAUCAUCUCUCAGCUCUACCACAACCAGUCCAGACGCUUCGGAGGGCCCGUACACCACCAGGCACAGCGCUUUAGGUUCUCCCCCAUGGGCGUUGAUCACAUGAGUAGUGUGGGAAGCGUCAGUGCUCCCGGGAACUCCACCUCCGGCUGGUGCAUCUUCGUCUACAACCUGGGCCAGGACGCAGACGAGAGCAUCCUCUGGCAGAUGUUUGGCCCCUUCGGCGCCGUCACCAACGUCAAGGUGAUCCGCGACUUCAACACCAACAAGUGCAAGGGCUUCGGCUUCGUCACCAUGCCCAACUACGAGGAGGCGGCCAUGGCCAUCGCCAGCCUCAACGGCUACCGGCUCGGAGACAAGAUGCUGCAAGUGUCCUUUAAGACCAGCAAGGGCCACAAGUAGAGCGAGCCGGACAAUCGGGUGUAGAGGAGAGAUGGAAAUGACCUGCGCCAGGCUUUUAGAGCAGAAGUAUGGGUUUUUAUAAUCUAGCACAUCUGUUUGGGUUUUAGUGUGUUCAGAGUUAAAUGUUCACUCUUCUGCACCUUUGUACUUGUCUAAAAGAGUGUUUAGGCUGAUCUUUUUUUUUUUUCUUCUUCAUCAUUAUACUCAUGCUUGAGGACACUCUGUAGUUUUAAUUUUUAGUGAGGGGAUGGAGAGGGUAAAAUCCCAUGAUACCCCCAAGAUAACUUUUUGAAAAUUAUCUAAAAAGCUAAACUACUGUCCGUAUAUGUUGCAUGUAUAACAGAGGGGACUUGGUAAAGAAGGGUUCUGAGCAGUGCACUAAAAGAAAUGUGGAAAAGCCUCGCAAACAGUUGACACUUUUGUGGAUGAUUUGGUGUAAAGAAGGUGAGGACCAAUAUUUUUGGUUAUUUUGGAAAAACAAGUGCUCUGUCCUGGAUACUCAUCAUAAGUAGAAAUAGAUGCAUUAAAUGAUCACCCAGUGGACACACACACACCUAAAGUACCACUCACCAUCUCAUGUCCAUUUCAAAGUGAAGCACUUAUUACCAGUCUGCUUGCGGUUACUAUGAAUAUCCGUCUUUUUGAUGUUAAUCUAUGACUUUUGCUCAAGCUCCUACCAGGUUACCAGUUUUAAGCAUGACAAGCAUUGGAGGUUUUUGUCUUAUUAUCCCUGUGUAAAGUGUCUUUUAAUAAGUUGUAUUUCAGGAGAGUCCUGUUGAAUAUGAACCCCAGUCAAUGAGUAGGGAAUUGAGAUGGACCAAAGGCAGGGAGAGAUGUGAUCCUAUUAGCACGGAUGACUUUUCUGAGCAGAUUUAAGGUAGAUGAAUACCUGUUUUUAAGAGGUACUAAGCUUACAUCUGAUACUGACUGAGAGCGACGUCACUUAACCUCGGUAUGUGUUUCUGUUUUGUUUUUUUCUUUUCUUUUGAGUUAAUAUUUCUUUUCGUUUGGAUCACUUUUGUUUCUUUCUGAGUAGAUUUCUAUUCAUUACGAUGUUGGUUACAAACUUGUUUUAACGAGUGCUUAUCUCAAGUUUGGAGACUAAUUCAUGGCCUUUGUUAAUGAUUUCACUUUUGAUUUGCUUUCUUUUCUUCCUUUCUUUUGUUUUGGUUGUUUCACUUUGAGCAUAAACCAUUAAAUUUUAUUUCUUUUUGCCGCAAGUUUUGUUUGGUUUAUUUCUUUUUUUUUUUUUUUAUUUACUUUUUCUAGAUUUGGUUUGGAGUUUUGUUCUAUUAUUUUUCUAGAAGCAAAUCUGCAGUGUUGAUAGAAGAUCCAUGGAGGCUUUUGAAUGUCUGAGGCCGGUGAAAAACUAUACGGACCAAUGUUGGCUGAAGAAUAUUUAACCUGUGCACAGACACUUGAAGGAAUUGUCAUAAUUAAUUGUUAAUAAGUAAUUGUCCUGAAGACAUUUCAUGAAGCGACUUUUCUAAGACUGCCAGAUACAUUUGAACCCCUGAAGAGGAACAUUAGUAACAUUUCUGAGUCGUCUUUUCAGUAGUUGUGAGUUGACGGCUCAAUUUGAUUUGUCGGCUCAAGUGUAGUUGUCUAAAGUGAAGCCACUUUUGUCGUGCAUCAGCGACGCUCGAUAUCACGACGAAUAAGAAUAGUGUUAACGUAAAGAUCCAGGCUUUUAGACCCGAGCCCAUUGGUCUGAUCUUUGUCUAAUGGGGAUUACUUUUUAACUAGUGAGGCUUUGUUUACGUGCUCAGUGAAACUCUUGUUAUGUGACUCAUUUAGAAAAGAUCGUUGGCAUAUCACAGCUCAUCUUUUAACAGCGGUUCACUUGGUAGAUUUUUUUUGUUCUCCAAGGUGGUCGGUACCGUCACUGACCUUCAUUUAACCUGACCACAAAUAAGAACCACUUGGUGAUAGUUACAAAUAUCAAAUCAGUUUUGGUAACGGUGACUUUUCAGUUUCUAAUAUUGGCUCUCGCUUGUGUGGCCCCCCCUGAAAGCAGUACUCCCAUUACACGGUUCAGAUUUUGGUCUUAAAAGUGCUUUUUGAUCUAGUAAUUCCAUUAUUUUUGUGUCGCAAUCUUUAACUGUGUGCAAUAUUUCAAGGCUUGCUUAAAGCAAGUAAUAGAAAGUUUUUGUAGUGUUGGACUGUAAUCUUUUUUUAAAAUAUAAUUUCUAUUUUCUACUGACGUUUUUAUGUUACUGCUUAGUUUUUUCAGCAGUAUAGUUGGAAUUGCAUGGAAGAUGCAAGUGAAUUUGUUUUAGGCGUAGUCAGAUUUAACUGCAUUCUGCCUUAAUUUAUAAGUGGGAAUGGUGUAUUUUACAUCAGAGGAGGCGUAAUUAUUUAUUUGACAAUGUAUGCGGUCAUACUUGUUAUUUGAGUGUUUUUAUGGUUAAUUUUGUUUUUGAAGGACACUAAGUUGAAGUCCAUUAAAUGUCUUCUAACAUUGGAUCAUUUCAAUAAAACACUUUGGCUUUUCAGAAUUGGAAGAAUUAAAUGUCUCUUAAGAAGCUUAUUGUGAAUUUGCUGUAUUUUAUUGACAAAUGUCAAUGUGUUGCAUAUAUUUCCUGUUUUACUCUUCGGCUUACCAAAAAGCUAACGCAAAUGAAGUGAGGGAAUACAUCUUGUAACGUCAUUGGCCUUCAGAUCACAUGAUAAAGACCCAGUUAUUACCAUCUGAGACCAGAUGGGGGAGACAUGUCUGCAUUUUCUCCUGCAACAUAUUUACUGUAAUUGACACCACCAUCAACACACGGUAGAUUUUCUGCACCACUUCUAGUGGCUGCUUGCAUUUACUUUCCACUGAUUUAGUAUGGAGGAGAAACUGCCCUCACGUCAAUAGAAGAUGAAAGAAGUGUUUUCCAUCUUCAAGGUUAUCAAUAAGAUGAUAAGAUGGCGUCAACCAAGUCUUUCAAAUGUUUUGGAAAGAAAAGGGAUUAUUUAAAUGCUGUUGUGGUUCCAUCUUAAAAGAUCGCACCAUCAAAAAGGCAAUGGGACUGACUAAGACCAGGAAACCGAAAGUGCAAAACUAACAUUUCCAGGUUUUAGGACUCAUCCCUGCAGCUCAACAAAGUGCUAAAUUAAGUCAAGAAUAAAAAACACCCAUUGACAGGACUUGAUGUACAGCAAGUUUUUAUUAGAAAACAACACAAAAUAAAUUCAAAGCAUGGGUAUAAAAACACAAAUGAUCAUCUUACUAGAAUUAUUCAAACAUGUACUGUCGCUUAAUAUAUAUCCACCUUGUCAUAACAUAAAGGUUCACUUCAACAAAA